AGCAGUAAUGCAAAGGCUUUUACCUACACAAUGUGUAGGUUUUCUGAUGCAAGCAUUCUACGAAGAGAAGCUAGUGCUAGGUUUCUCUAUGAGUGUAGAUUAAAAGUGUAUGGCCUGGAUUUCCACAUCAAAGUUUUAUUUUACUCACAUUAGGACUUAUGGAGGUACAUUAAAAAAAAACUUGAAAGUUGAUUUGCCUCUGAGCCUGUGCUGUCUGUAUUGAGCAUAGUGCUUUUGAUAAUGGGAGUCAAUGGGGCGCCUAGGGUGAAAGAAAGUAGAGGAGGCUGCGAGUCUAGAGAUGCUCGAAAAUUCACUCAAGUAUACAUGGACUUCACCCACCACUCAAGGAGAAAUACCUUCCAUGAUGUGGCUCAGCGUUCUCUUUCUCCAUGGAAAUACACUCAGAAACCUGCUGACCCAGACCAAUACCCUGAGACAAUCCCGGAGGCUGUGUGCCUGCACCAGGGCUGUGUAGAUGAAGAUGGGCAGGUGGAUAUGGGGCUCAACUCUGUUCCCAUCCUCCAUGACACCUUUGUCCUGAAGAAAGUGAAGGAUAAGUGUGGUAUCUUCUUCCGACUUGAAAAAAAGACCAUCACUGUUGGCUGUACCUGUGUCAGGCCCAUGAUUGUGUAGUUGCAGGUGCUGAUUCUUUACAAGUGUUCUCAUACGAUUUCAGCGAUAUGUGCAACUUAACUUAAUUAAGGCAGGUUUGGUGGGAAGACUUUGAGAAUAGCAGUAGCAGUCGUUGAACUAACAGGGACAAUGUGAAAGAUUAAUAGUAAAGUGAAGAGGCUAGAUAAGGACCAAUGAGGUUGAAAGGAUCACAGUGAGAGUUGUAAUUAAUAUACCAAACUGUAGCAAUAAUUAUCUUGCAUUAUUCAACCAGGCAUAAACAUUUCUAUUCAUUAACUACAAAUAAAUUCAACAUACAGUAAAAGCAGUUUUACAAUACAAAGCUAAGUUGAUUUCCAGUAACUAACAAAUAUCAAUAUGUUGAAAUCUGUUAAAUCUAGGUGUGUGUGUAAAUGAUUUGGGUCUGGCUAUUAUUUAAAUCUAGGAGUUUAAAUGUACACCCAUACCUUGUUAAAUGCAAGACAAAUCAAAAUUGUAAUGUGUGAAAAAAAAGAGUAUUUUGUUUAACUCUAUAUUGAUUUUAUGACAAUUAUUUUUAAUUCAUCUAGUUAUUUAAUUAGUUAUCUUAAACACAUUAACGCUAUGUAAGAAAGCAAUUUAAAAAAAAGGGUCCUCACUACAGUAUUUCCAGUGGACAUUGAUAGCUAUUCAUCCUGUAAACUCAUAAAUCAAUGCCUGCUCAACAUUGCAACUACUGUUUCAUUUAAUUUUAAGCCUACCUACAGUAUACUUGUGUUUGCAGGAAUCCAGAUGAAGUAUGUUAGUCGGAGUGAUAAUUUUCAGAUUGAAAGCUCUCUUCACUGAGUUCUGUGACUCACUGUCGCGAUGCCCUAUUUAAUUGCCUAUGUCUUAUUUUUGUAUUUUCCACAGUUAUAUAUUUAUUUA